CACGACCCAUAACGCGCAUUUUUUUUUCGUCGAUCCCGUUCCGAUAUCGGGCGUCCCAAAACUGCAAGCAAUCGGCUACGGUGUUCCUCGCCUGUGUGCAAGCGAACACAAAGGAGAGAGAGAGAGAUUAAGAACGAGCAGUGUGCAUUCGACGAAGGCUCGGCGCGCAGUGGCGUAGAUAGUGUGACUUUCGCUUUUAUCGCACGUGCUUGGACCGGCGUCUGAGAGAACUUCGUCGAGGCCCCGCCUUUCUCUCGCUCAUUCGAAAUCCGCGCGCCACCGGUCCUCACCGGCCAGCUGCCCUUCGGAGGAACAAGUCGAGACCUACCCCCGCCCACGCUAUCGCAACCGUUGCGACCCGACCUCGGCUCGAGAAACAACAGCGAAAAAAUAUCACCAGCCAUUACAGACCAAGGCUCAGCCUCCGCGAUGACCCUCACGUACCUGUGCCUGGUCAGCUCGCUGCUCGCGCUCUUGCUGGCGCCGUCAUGGGCGGGUGCUCAGCCGCCCCGCUGCCGCGCACUCUGCCAGAAGGACCCUGGCGAGGACGCCUGCGAGCGCUGCCGACUGAGAACCUUCAUGCGGUUCGGCAAGAGGGACUCGUCGCGAGCCAUCGCCCUCAUCCGAGAACCCGUGCUCGACGUCCAGUCGGUGCUUGUAGACGACGACGUCGACAACGACCGCCCGGCCGGGGGCGCCGCCCCCGGCGGCAACUCGGCCUCGCGUGAGCAGCUUGUCCUGGAGCGACCGGCUGCCCGGCCCAGCCGGGACCGAUACGGACUCCUGCUGAGGGCCAUACGGGACGUCCGAGGACGGAGCGCGGAUUAAACCCAAGGGCUUCACUCGCCGGAGACCUGCCCAGAUGUCGUCGGAAAAACUUUCUUCCCGAGCCUCACCACAGUCCUGAUCCCGAACUCUCUUCCCAACCUGGACCAUCGCGAGACGCUACAUGGAAGCGACGCGACGCGCUCGCCGAGUCCUUGAUUGUACUGGCAAGGCGACCCGUUUAUUUUGCAAAAGAGGGCGGAGGGUAUCCCAGAGUCUCGAGAAGCCUACUAGUGGCUUCGGUAAUUCCUCGCUGAGAAGGGCCCGUCUGAGGAUGCUGCGAAGGAAAAGAAAAGCCUUACAAGAAUGGGGCCCUCGCCAUAUCCAUGAAGUUCAAUGCCAACCGUGUCAGUGGUAAUCCUGUUCUUGGCGCUGUUUUUCGUCAACGUUUGCGAGAUGUCCAGGACGAGCGUGUACGUGAUAAUGUAUGGUGUUGUUUGUCCAAAAGCCAAAGCAUGUUGUCUUUUGAGUUUUUCGUUCGGGUUAGUUUUAUUACGUUUCUUUGUCACAGGGUGAAUAGCUUUGUACCUAAGUAAAUAUUCUGCGUUAUUGCUUUGCAUAGUUGUCGACAAACCAAUUUAUAUGCAAAGAAAGUCUCAGCCUACUUAAAUAAUUGGGACGAGGUGUCAGUAGAGCUGACAAAAGUAGGUGUUGCGGCGUCACUCAUAAUUGACAUUGAACGAUGAUCUCUUUGGUGCCAAAACAAUCAUUCAAUCAUUGCAGUGAACGUCGUUAACUCAAUAAAGAGAGAGAGAGAGAGCUGUUCUGAAACAAACGGGAUUGUAACGUUACUCCCGUGCCCAUUCGACAGCGAGGACUAUAGCAUGCUGUAGUCGUGUUUUCUCAAUUGUUUGUGAAUGUAGGAAAUAUGUCUUUUCGAAAUAAGGCAGCUUGGGCAUCAUGACGCUUUAUGAAAUCUAAGCCACCUGAAUAACGUUGUGUGCACGUUGAACGUGCUUCCGAGAGGCACGUCGCCAAUCAAAUUGAGCCAUCUAAGCCAAACUAAUAAACGUGCAGUUUACAGAUGAUUUUGCGUUGCAUUAGAAGAUUUUAGAGUGCACUUUAGUUGUGUAGAAUUGUUAAAAGGCGGGUGCUUUUUCACAGGGCAGAUAUUAGUCGAUUUCGGUGGAUGCAGUAAUCGAAAAGUUUAUUACAACGACCAACUCUAGUUAAAGAGAUCGGAAGAUUCACAGUUCUCUUAGUUAAGGGCAUCUUAGAGUUUCUCAAGUGGACUUCUGGCUAGUAGCUUGUUCUAGUAUGGUAUUUUGUAGAAUGAAGGGUGAGGUGUAAAGGGUUCAUGAGCAGUGCUAUUUUAGUUUUUACGUUUAGUUUCACUAUUUCGUACACAAUAUCGUCAACAGAUUUUAACACGAGUGCCAUAUUCAGUGAUGCUGUGAGUUUUGCAGAACACCAAAUAAAAGUAAAGAUUCGUACGAAAGGGCUUGGGCUGUGGUUGCUAGUACAGUCAACAUCAUCGCUUUAUUUCUCGCUUCCCGCCAUAUGCGCCUGUAGGAACGAGCCAGAAACGUCACGCAUCACACAUGAGACAUGCAACACCUGUGUAUUUACCUGGCAGCAUGCUGGUUUUGAAGACAGCUAUUAUUUAUUUCGUGUGUUUUUAACGUAUUUAUUUACAAUUUGUGCGCUAGUUUGUAAUAACUUAUUUAUUAUUGUAAUCUAUCUCUUUUAAAUAGAUUGUAUCAGAUAGUAUUCAAGCGACAUAAAAGUAAAGGCAAAUAACAAUUUUGCUAUUCCUUUUCACACGUUUGUCACAACCGCUACUAGGAAGAGGCAUACAAGGGAAAGGCACAUUUGUUUAAUGGUGAGGGCCCAGGAAUUUUCUCGGAAACGUAGCCUCAGAGCUCGGCAGCUGAUUCGUUGACUGCUGCAUUAUAUACAUUCUUUUUCAUAAAAAGAAAACUUGGCAUGAUUAUUCUAUCGAGGAGAGCCACACAACCACAACGACGUGAAGAUAGUGCAACAUUCACUGUCCUGUUAAAUAGUGCGGGCCAGAGACCGGAAAUAGAAAAGAAAUGCUCUCAGCGUUUUUCGUGACAGUCUCAGGAGUGCUUUCACACUUCGUAAUGUUCAGACGAGAACAUGCCAGUGUUCUCGUAUGCAAAUAACCACUAGAUCUGCCGUUUCUAGUGUUACAGCACUGUGUUAUAUGCUCACGAACCACAACGAUCAAGAGUGCUUUACUUAGACACUAAAAGGCAGGCCCCGGUUCUAUAUCAAAAAGUACAUGCAAUUUGCACUAGACACAAACACUUGGUCGAAUUUGUGGUAAUGUCUAUUAUAUCUAUAGCGUAAACGCUUGAUCGACUCACCAGAAUUAAGACGAGAGUCUAGUUAUCAUGCUCCUCUUGGCACGUCAUGUGAAGAUCGAUGUAAAUAAAAUGAAACGAAAAGCUCAUUUUUUCGCUAUGUUUUAUCUUUCCCUUGUUUGACGACUUUGCUGCUUGCUUGUGGGAGAGAAAAACGUUAUUUAUGAAUUAUGUAUAUAGGUAUUUAUUUACGUGUUUUUAUGUCUUGUUUGUUGCUUCAAUUUUCGCGUCAGCUAAUUAUUGUACGAUGAGAACUUCGAAGGUGUCGUGUCUCUGAUAGUCUUUCAACUUAAAAACACACACGUUGAUGUUUCAGCAUGUAUCGCAGUACGUUUGCAGUGGCUUUUUGCCACGCUUCACCUUGGCAGAUGUAUUAUGCCACGUUCACGCUGAAGAUGCUGCAUUGAGCGAAAUGUUGAAAAAUGAAUGAAUGAAUAUAGUGCGCACCAUAUAAGGUGCUACCGCAAGGUCUUUCUUUUUCUUUCUUAUCAAGCUGUAUUUAUUUGAUUGUCGUGACUGAAACAAGAGAUACGUGAAUAAAAACAGCCUUUAUUCUGGUCAAACA